CGGCCCCUCAGAAUAUGAUGUCAUUGCCUGCAAAAAAGCCAAAGGAAGGAAUUUGUCUUGAGCUGAGAGAGAGAGGACAGGCAUUUGGAUGUAAAGAGGCGUACUAAGCUGAACCGGGACAGCAGCGAUGCAGGAUGAGUGGAACAGGAUAUCCUAUCCAAGCUCUCAAAGGAGUACUCUGAGCUGUUGAAUGACAGAAGCAUAGAUUGUGACACUUUCCCUUGAAUUGCUGUCAGAUCUAGGUAAAAUGGAAGCUCCUUUUCACAACACCCAAAUAGAAAAUCAGCUUGUCUGCUCUCCCACAAAUGACCAGAAUGGCUUCACAGACAGGCAGGACUCUAUGGAGGCAGUCGCCAUGGGGAAAAUGGCACUGGAAGAAAACAUGAGUGAUUCAGUGUUUGGAAUAAACUCAAGCAGACCUUCUUCCUCUGGGUUAACAGCAAUUGAUACCAGUGAUUCUGAGCCAUCUGCUUUGGUCCCUGAUAUACAAACUGCACAUAUCAAAACUGAUGUGGCAGAAGGGAAGAAAAUAGCUUGUACUGAUGAAGAUUCUGAUCACAGAAAUCCUGUUGGUCAUUUAGAAAUGGUAGGUCAUGAUUGCAAGGCACUAACAACUCUCAAGAAAGAGGCCCGCUUCGAACUCCGGGCCUUUCAGGAAGAGAAAAAGCCUUCAAAGCUUUUUGACUGCAGUUCAGAAAAGGAGCCUGUACGUGUGAAGAAGGUCAGAGACAGUGAGGAGAUGGAUGAGCUAGAGAGGGAGAGGCAAGAGCUUAUCCAUAGUCAAGCUGUUAAGAAAAAUCCAGGGAUAGCAACAAAAUGGUGGAACCCACCUCAGAUAAAAACAAUUGAAGAAGACCUGGAUCCAGAACAGCUGGAAUCACACCGAAAGUAUCAGGAGAGAAAGCAGAAGAAGCUCGAAUCUUCAAAUGUCCAACAGGAAUUGCCUGCAGAGACAGAUGUUUCCUUCAUACUGGUGGAAAAUAUCAAGAAGGAAGACCUUCAGAUAGAAGCAACACAUGAGCUUUGUUCUGCAGGAGCAGAGGCAACACACCAGGAAAUGUCCACUUGGGAAAAGGCUACUGAAGUGAAAACCCAGUCAGUUGAUGAUCAUCCAACAGACAUUGGCACUGAGCAAGCAAGGAUUGAGAAUAAGUUGAAUGAGAGAAAUGAGAUGCAGGAAAAUUGUGGAGACUUCACUUGUGCCCAAACUGUUGUGACUCUCCUGGAGGAUCUAGAAUUGUCUUCAGCAAACAGUUCCUGUCACAACGAGGAGAUUGAUUCCGGACUGGAUGAGCUCUCGGUCCAGUCCCGGGACACAGCCCCGCAGGAGCUCCUGUCCAAUGACUUACGCAUGGACAACGUGAGUGAUAGUGGGACCUCGAAUGAGGCUACAAGUUCCUUCCUGGAAAAUUCUCUGGGGGAUUUUUCCCUUCCUGCUACCCCACAGGCCACCUCACCUGUCAAUGGUGAGAUGGGUGGAAGUGCACCGCAAAGUGAGUCUGGCAUGUCCCCAUCCUAUCCCGGGACCUCCCUGACAGAGGAGCCCACCGAGCAUCAUGCCAUCCAGCAAGCCUUUGAGUCUGCAUUAACAGAGUCCCCAAAAGAGUCCCUUCCCAACCCUGAGAGAGAUGAGGAAAUGCACCAUGAAACACAUGUGGGAGAAUCCUCAGAGAGCAGCAAUGGUAAAGGCUUCAUCCAGUCCCCUCAGACAGGUGGCAAGCAGGAGUUCAGCUAUUUCAGUAAGUACUCCGACGUGGCCGAGCUGAGAAGCACAGCCUCCAUGACACGACCCCGCGAAACCGAGGUCAGCUCAGGACCCUUCAGGCUGCGCUCCCACAAGCAGAGAACUCUGUCACGAAUCGAACAGGAGAUCCGAGCAGCAGAAGAGCGUGAGCAGGAACUGAAGAGGCAACGGCAGAACACCGUUGCCAGCCGCAAGGAGAGAACCGCCAACAUUCCCACAAGAUUGGUUGUGACUGCAAAGACAGCACCAGGCAAGAUCCACUGUGUUGCAUUUACCCAGGAUUGCCCUAGUUCACCCGUUCUCUCCGACGUGAGCAGCGAUGGCUCUGAGGCCAGCCAGCGUCCCAAAAACUUCAUGCAGACUCUCAUGGACGACUAUGAGACUCAUCAAGUAAAGCGGAAAGAGAAGAUGGAGGACAAUAGAGUUCUGGAGGCAACGCGUGUCACCCGCCGGCAAAGCAAUAUGGCCGUCCGGUGGGAAGCCGGGGUGUAUACCAACCGAGAAGAGGAUGAAGAGUAGGCCAGUCUUCAGUAAUGUCCAAGAAAAAUGCUUGGGCACCCAAAGAGUCCCUUUUGACUGCAUUUUAUUACUUCAAGAGAUUGACUCUUUGAGCUAACCUGGUUCUGCUAUCACAAACUGAGGACUUGGACCUGCUCCAAACAAUGACAAUGAGGGAAAUCAAUUACAGUUCCAUAAAAAGACAAUGUGACUAUGGGGUUUAUUUCUAUCCACUUUCUAUUUCACUUCUCUAUUUGGUGUUUUAGCAUUCAGUAAAUGCAUAUAUGCAGUGCAAGGAGGAUGAAACACGAUGAAAAAUGAUGAGAUCCUGUCACUCUGCAUCUGAGGAGUGCCCAGCUCAAGAGGGAAGUAUUUUAACAUGUUAUAAGGAAUAGAUACUUUGAUUGAUAAUACAUUCAGUUUUUGUGUUGGUAUCAGUAAAGACCGGCAUUAUCAUUCAAAAACCAAACAGCAGAACCUUACAUUAAAAUGAAUGCAUGUUCAAAUAUAAAAAGGAAUAUUUAUUUGAGCACAAAAAUAUAUAUCAUUCAUGUAUAAAUAUUUUUAUUAUUACUAGUUUCCAAUAUGUUGGUAUUUGUAUUUCUGUUUGUAAUAAUAUAUUCUGCAAUAAGGCAUUAAGCUGGCACUAAUCAUUUGAGAUACACUCACCGAGCACUUUAUUAGGAACAUUUUUACUUUAUUACACCUAUAUAUUCAUGCGAUUAUCUCAUCAGCCAGUUGUGUGGCGGCAGUGCAAUGCGUACAAUCAUGUAGAUACCGGAGGCAUCAGAAUGGGGAAAAAAUUUGAUCUGAGUGACUUUGACUGUGGAAUGAUUGCUGGUGCCAGACAGGGUGGUUUGAGUAUCUCAGAAACUGCUGAUCUGAACAUGCACACUAGUUUCUAGAGUUUGCAAAAAAAAAAAAAAAAAAAAAGAGUCUAAUAAAUACCUAAUAAAGUGCUCACUGAGUGUAUAUUAAAAUUAUUUUAUUAUUUUACAAUAUAUUAUAUUUAUGCACUUUUCUUUUUUUCAAAUGAUUGUGGAACAAUUAAUACAACACACCUUGGAGAGAACUAUGAAAUAUUUUUUUAUUCACAUUCCUUUAAAAACCUUUUCCCCCCAGAGAGUGGUGGAAUAGGAAAAUUACAUUUAUACUAAACGCAUUAUUAAUAAACAUGUGUCGUCUGUGA